AUGAGUCAAGUUAAUAACGGUCAAGUCAAUGACACAGCAUUACAAUACCGGAGGGUCGCUGGCACUGCAACUGGUUUCCGAGGGCUGAUCAAGAACUUCCGGGUGUUUGCUAUCACUUGCUUUGCAUGCAUCGGCGGUCUUCUUUAUGGAUAUAACCAGGGAGUCUUCUCUGGCAUACUGACUAUGCCAUCCUUCGCAGCGCACAUGGGUGACUAUGUCACAAAUAGUAUUAAGAAAGGCUGGUUGACUUCCAUCUUGGAAUUGGGCGCCUGGAUCAGAGCGAUAUAUUCGGGCUUCCUGGCCGAGGCGUUCUCUCGGAAGUAUGCUAUUAUUUUGAGCACCUCAAUAUUUAUCAUAGGAGUGGUCAUUCAAGCGACUGCUAUUCGGGUUGGACCUCAAGCAAUUCUGGGCAGUCGCUUCGUGACUGGGAUGGGUAUUGGCUCUUUGUCCGUGGUUGUACCGAUAUACGUGGCCGAGUGCGCUCCGCCCGAGUCUCGUGGAUUAUUGCUCGGUGUACAGCAGUUUGCCAUUGAGUUUGGCGUUAUGAUUUCAUUCUGGCUUGUAAGACUACGGUACUCACUUCAUUGGAGGUACUGGCCCUUCACAAGAAGAGAGGCUGCAUGGCUCGUCCCGCUCACCUUGCAACUCGGUCCAGCACUGGUUCUCCUUGUCGGGAUGAUUUUCAUGCCAUUGACACCCCGAUGGCUUGUCCACCACAACCGGGAAACCGAAGCUCGUCAAGUGCUGGCUCAACUGAGAUCCUCUAAGCUUGACGGCCAUGUGGUCGAGCUGGAAUUUUUGGAAAUCAAAUCCCAGUCCUUGUUCGAGAAGCGCACGGUAGAGGAACAAUUUCCGCUUCUUACAAAAAUAUCGUGGAGUAACACGUUGAAACUUCAAUUUGUCGCCAUUGGGAGCCUGUUUCGGACCGAAGCGAUGUUCAAGAGAGUUGUGGUCGCUACAGUGACGAUGUUCUUUUCCCAGUGGCGGGCAUCAAUGCAAUUUUGUAUUAUGCCCCAAAUGUCAAUAUUCGGUGCACUUGGCAUGUCGUCCAACACCACCUCUCUCCUGGCUACUGGCGUGAUUGGCAUAGUCAUGCUAGUCGCUACAAUCCCCACCUUAAUUUGGAUUGAUAAAAUUGGCCGCAAACCAAUCCUGACUUUGGGGGCCCUCGGAAUGGCAUUUUGUCAUUUAGCUAUAGCUGUUAUCUUUGCGCGGAACGAAUCCAAUUGGGCAUCGCAACAAGCCUCUGCCUGGGCGUGUGUAGUUCUUGUUUGGGUGUAUGUCGCGUUCUUUGGCUGGUCAUGGGGUCCAUGCGAAUGGAUCCUCGUUGCAGAGAUCUGGCCACUUUCCGCAAGGCCCUAUGGUGUGGCGAUCGCUACGUCCACUAAUUGGAUGAAUAACUUUAUUGUCGGACAAGUGACACCCGAUUUGAUCGCCAAUAUCCGAUACGGGACAUUCAUCAUAUUCGGCAUCUUAAUUGCCGUGGAUGGCGGAUUUAUCUUCUUCUUCACGCCUGAGACAAGCAAACUCACCCUCGAGGAAAUGGAUCUGGUAUUUGGAAGUUCGGGAGUGGCUGCUGCAGAUAAUGAGCGAAUGCUCACGAUCAAUCGUGAGAUAGGACUUGAUCAAACUGUCAACGAACUCUUGAGACGUGCCUCCGUCGCAGAGAAGGAAACUUCGGUGGAAGAGCGUGAACACGCUGAACCAGUUGAAGUCAAAUGA